UAAAUCAAAAAUGGAUAAUAAUCUACUAAAUCUGUUGUUGUUUAAUAAUGAUCAUGAAAUUAUUUUUGGUGCUUUUAAUGCUGUGAUGAACUUGGCAGUACCAUUGGAGGAUGUAUUUCCAGUAGAAAGAAAUAAUCAUGCCACCAGAAAUAGGAAUUACGUUGAAAAUAUUGUUCCACAAUACACAGAUCUACAAUUUCGUGAGCAUUUUCGUAUGUCUCGAGUCACGUUUGAGGUAAGAUUUAGAAGUAAAUAAAUGAAAUGGGAGUUUAUUUAUGUUUUCAUUCUUAGGAAUUGAAUAUUUCUAUAGGGCUUAUUAGAGGUGACGAACAUCAAUGGGACGGAACAAUCCCAUUACAGAAGAAACUUCUGUUCACUAUAUGGCUUCUGAGCAAACCAGAAAGCUUUCUAGCCGCUGGGGAUCGUCUUGGGCUUGCACGAAGUUCUGCUCACAAAAUAUUUAUAGAAAUGAUCGAAAUUAUUGGUCAGCUAUUGCCACAGUAUAUUAGAUGGCCUAAUAUGCAAAAUCAUCUUCGCUCUGCAAAUGUGUUUGAGGCUCGGUCUCGAGGUAUUCCUGGAGUUAUUGGUGCAAUAGAUGGCUGUCACAUCCCUAUCAAGCAGCCCGAUGGAAAUGCUGUUGAUUUUUAUAACAGAAAGGGAUUCCAUUCUAUAAUUCUUCAGGGAGUCUGUGAUGAAAGGGGUGUGUUUAUUGACACAACAAUAGGUCAGCCAGGACGGAUGCAUGAUGCUCGCGUCUUUAGAUUGAGUGAUGUAUAUGCCUCUUUAACAAGACAAAAUCCGAUUCUACCACAAAAUCUUCAUUUGAUUGGUGACUCGGCAUACCCACUGAUGAACAAUCUUAUGAAACCCUACCAGGACAAUGGGCAUCUAACACCAGUACAAAUUAAUUAUAAUACAAAACUUUCAAGUAUUAGGUCAGUUAUAGAAAGAGCCUUUGGUCUGCUUAAAGUGAAAUUUCGUAGGCUCAAGUAUCUAGAUGUAAAAAAUGGACAGACUGCAAAUCGUAUUGUAUUAGCUGCGUGUAUUUUAUACAAUUUUAUAUUACUGCAAGGCAAUCCUUUAGAUGAUUACAAUGUGGAUUUUCUGAAUGACAUGGAAUAUAUGUAGCAAAUUAACGGAGGGGAGAAUCAGGAAAUAAUCGGGAAUGCUGAAAAUAAGAGAGCAAAUAUAGGAAAUUUAUGUUACACAAGAAAUGAUCACUCAAUAAAUGAUCAAAUUAUUGAACAAUCAACAAUGUUAUUAUUGCUGAUUUGUACAAAGUAUCAUGUAAAAAUAAAAAAUAUGUUUAACUACAAUU